GGGCCCAUGUGCGCUGGGUAGAGAGAAAAGGUCAGUGGGUGUUUUCUUCUAAUCCUGCAGGGUCAGUUCCCUUUUUGGCCUGGCUCCCUCUCUACCCUGACUCCUGCGUUCCGGGGAAGUUCUGGAAAGUAGCAUGAGCGCCAGAGGAUGGGAGUGGUGUCUGGCUGUGGAACUGCUGCUGCUGCCUCUGCUAUUCCUGGCAACCAAUGCUCAAGGUACUGUCCACCAACUGUCUGCAGGUCAUUCGACAGGUGAGGUGAUCGUGGUGUCCGGCAGCAAUGUGAGCCUGCAAAUCUCCAAGAGCCUGCCUGAUAACUACAAGCAGCUAACCUGGUUUUACACCAUCCACCAGAAGAUUGUAGAAUGGGAUUCCGGCAAAUCUAAGUACUUCAAUACUAAAUUUAAAGGCAGGGUCGUGCUUGAUCCUGAAAGUGGUGCCCUGAACAUUUAUAACGUCCAGAAAGAGGACAGCAGCACCUACCUCAUGAGGGUGUCAAAUGCCACUGGGAAGGAGCAGGAGUGGAAGAUCCUACUGAAGGUGUUUGACCCUGUACCCACGCCUGCCAUAAACAUCGAGAAGACAGAGGAAACGAACAACACCUGUUACCUGAAACUGUCGUGUGUGAUACCUGACCAGUCGGUAAACUACACCUGGUAUGCGGACUCGGGGCUCCUCCCAGAGGCGUACCAGAGGAGCGUGCUUGAACUGAGGGUGCCUGAGCCCCAAAAGUACUCCAAGUUUUACACCUGCGAAGUCAGCAAUCCUGUGAGCAGCAAGAAUGACACAGUCUAUUUCAUUCCACCUUGCACCCUGGCCCGAUCCUCUGGAGUAGAUUGGAUUGCAAGUUGGCUGGUGGUCAUGGUACCCACCAUCCUUGGCCUUCUACUUACCCGAGAUGAGCUCUUCUGACUCAAGCGUGAUAAUGCAAAGACAGGGGAUCUUAUCUUCGUCAGCAACCACAGGCUUCACCAACAGAAGCUCUGACUCUGUGGGUUGGGGCACAGUGUGUUUUUGAAGCAUCAACGAGGAUUUUUCAGAUUACAUUUUAAAAAACUAUGACUAUUAUUUAAUUUUAUAUCCCCUCGGUGUUUUACAAUACACCUAAUAUAGAUAUGUUUACAUUCUUACCACCAGAAAAAUGUAAGCACACUAUGCAAAUGUUUUCUUAUUUGUUUAAAUAAACAUUUGAUAUUAUUUUCAAAGUGGA